UGCAGAAGGAGCCGGGCAGGGCCCGGGCGAGCCCAUUCCACUCGCUGGCACUGGCACGCGUGACCCCCAGGCUCACCCUGGCCGCUUGGGUGGGAGGUGGUGGAUCCCAGCGUCCUGUACACCGGUCAGCAGCACCUGGGCAGUGAGUCCAGUUGUCUUCAUUCCGCGGGAAGAAGUUCCAGUGCAGCCGCCCCAGAGAAUGGACCGGGUGACCAGACUCCCCAUCCUCAGGCAUCGGCACUCAGGCCGCAUUGCUGGCAUGGUCCUGGACGGGGUAGCCCACCACACCAUUGAGCUGGUGGGUGUGGGGCCCGAGGACACCGCCUGUAGCCAGGACGGCCCACACACCUGGUCCACUGACCCGGAUGCCCUGACGGGCAUGGUGGGCACAGGGGCCACCUACAGCAGGUGGGCCUUCCCUGGCCAGCCGUCCCCAAGGCCACUUUGUCUGGAGGAUGAGGGGGAGAUGGAGGCUCACCACUUGCUCCCCAGUCAGCGGCAGGGCCUGGAGCAGGAGCACUGGGUGGUCCUCCAGGGCCAGACGGUCAGGAAGGGUGGCACAGUGACCACACGCGGGGGCACCUCUGACCACGUGGACCCCAGGCCCCUGGGUCACCCUCUGUCCACACCCCCGGAGGAGAACGGGAUCGACAGGGAGCAGAUAGACUUCCUGGCCGCCAGACAGCAGUUCAUGAGCCUGGAGCAGGCGAGCACCAGGGUGCCCUGGAAGCCCCCGGCCAGGGCCGCCCCCACGUGUGCCCCGCUGAGGGCCAGCCCGGCCCCCAAGGCCUCCAGCCCUCCUCCCCUGGACAAGGGGCCUGUUGUCCCCAGUGAGCCCCACGUGAAGGAGCCCGUCAGGGAGAGGAGGGUCCAUGGUUUGCCUGUGGGGUCCAGCAUCCCCGCGGGGAACGAUCCCGACCUCCGGUUGAGAGGGGAGUCUCCAGAGGCCCCCAGGGAGACGCCCAUCGAGCGGGAGAUCCGGCUAGCCCAGGAGCGGGAGGCCGACCUGCGGGAGCAGAGGGGCCUUGGGAGGGCGGCUGGUCUCCAGGAACUGGUGGAGAUCCCCACCAGGCCGCUGCUGACCAGGCUGAGCCUGGCCGAGGUCCCGCGGCGGGACAGGGGGCGCCCGUCACUCUACGUGCAGCGGGACCUGGUCCAGGAGACCCAGCGCGAGGAGGACCACCGCAGAGAAGGCCUGCAGCUGGCUCGGGCGUCCACGCCCGACUGGGUCUCUGAGGAUCCCCAGCCUGGACUCAGGAGAAGCGUGAGCUCCGACUGCGUCCUCCGCCCCACCCCGGACGCCCGGGCCGCAGACCCGGCUCCAGCUGCGAGGAAGGUGAACCGCAUCCCGCCCGACGCCUACCAGCCCUACCUGGGCCCCCAGCACCCCCGGCCGGAGUCCUCAGCCCUCAGAGCGCAUGGCAAGCCCACCGAAGAGGAGGUCGAAGCCGCGGCCUCUCCCAGGGCCACGGGGCCUCAGAGGCAGCUCCCAGAACCCUCUGCAAGGCCCUGGAGCACAAAGCAGGAGCCCGCCAAGCCUCCGGGGGGACCCCCGCAGGCCAGUGGGGGCACGGUGUGGCGGGCGCACUUCCGCCUGCGUCCUCCGCGGUUCGGGGUCCCAGAUGCACCUCAGCAGGCUGAGCCCCCCAGAGUCUGGGGCUGGGAGGCAGCCGGGACCCCAGUGCUGAGGCUGCAGAAGUCCCAUUCGUCGGACCUACUGGAGAGGGAGGUGGAGAGUGUCCUGCGCCGGGAGCGGGAGGUGGCAGAGGAGCGGAGGGACGCUCUCUUCCCGGAGGUCUUCUCCUCGCCGCCGCCGGAGGGCUGGGAGCCGGACCCCAGGAGCUCCUCCGGGCCGUCGGGCAUCAUGGGCAGCUGCUCAGAGGCCGCGUCCCCGGUGUUCAGCCCCCUCCACCUGCACUCGGGCCUGGUGUGGAAGGCAGAGGCUCCGGCCAACGGUGCGGCUGGGCAGAGGAAGAAGGAGCUGUGGUACGCAGGCAUCAACCCCGCGGACCAGGUCAACUCGGAGAUCCUGGGAGCCACUCGGGUGACCCGACACAGGAACGCCAUGGCAGAACGCUGGGAGGCCGGCAUCCAUGCCAUCGAGGGCGAGGACUGAGCCUGGGCAGAGGAGCCCCUGGCCCUGGCCUUAUGAGCUGCCAGGACCAGUGCGGCCCCCCGCAGAAAACAGGCCCGCGUGAACCCGGGUUGGACUAGGAACCUCCCGACGACCCCGCGGUGCCUGGACGCUUGAGGACUGGGCGUCUUCCUGUCCGACUUUGUUUUCCUGGAGAGAAUUUCCGCUCUGGAGCCCACAGCUGCCUCAAGCGAGGUCCCCGCCGAUUCUUUCUGCCUCCAGCGAAGACUGCCCAACGCUCCGGGGCCAGGCACACCUGCCUGGGGACACCCGCCUCCGCCCGAGAGGGCCGGGUCCUGCCCUGACACACAGGAGACCCUGCAGCCAGAGGGAGGCCAGCCCGGCCUCUGCAGCCUCCCCGCUCCAGGGCAGCAGAGGGCAUCCCACCCGGGAGCGGCCUGUGACGUCUCCUGAGAAACACGGCCGGCGGCCCGCCUGGCGCCCCGAGCUGGCCUCCCGUCCGCCGCCUUUCUUGGUGAGGCUGGGUCCUGCCCCUGGACCCUGAGUCCCGCCAGGCCCUCGUGGGGCUGCGUCCCCGGGCAGGGGUGGCGUCCUGCCCAGCCCGCUGAGUAUCCCUGUCUCCCAGCAGCACCGGGGAGGCUUAGCAAGCUCCUGAGUCCCUGGCCCACCUGGGGCCGGGGCGACGGCCGGGGUCCUUAACCCAGGCUCACAGCGGGGACGGCGGACCCCACUGGCCAGGGACAUGGAGCUGGACCCAGGCCCCGCGGUGCUUCGGGGCUGUGCCCUGGGGACCCUCUGGCGGCCAGGCCGCGGGUCCCCUCUGUGCGACCUGUCCUCA